ACCGUGGAAACUUCAAAACAUGUUUAAAUUUUUCUGACUAGCGUCUAUUUCUUCAAUGUAAAGUGUUGCCCAGAGGAUAGCAUGUGCAGUGAUUUUUUUGGCUUUUGAAUAUGUUUUAAAGAAAAAUUUGCAAGCUCAUUAUUUUAUAUUGCCAAUGGUCAUCUCUGAUAUAGUGGUCUUGAAGCAGAGAUGGAAAUUUGGGCCUAAGAGCUAAUACGUUGCGUCUACGUGACAGCACUCAUCUCAUUGAUGGAGAGGUUAUGUGCUAAAAAAUGGUUAGAAUCUCAGAAGUUCAGACAUAUGCUGAUGCAGUGUGCUAUCGUUGGGGCUUUGCCAAGACUCUGUAGGUUCCUUAGUUCAGCUGAAGUGUCAACAGCACUGAGGCCAUUUUAUUUUUCCGUUCAUCCAGACCUGUUUGGACGAUAUCCUACUGAAAGGACUGUUAAUGAAAAUUCUUUAAAACAGUUGAGCUCCUACAUUGAAACUUUACAGAAGAAUCGCCCCACGCUGCCAACAACCAUCACUUUCUAUCUAAGGAACCAGAAAGAGUCACAUAGUAUUAAUGAUAAAGGAGCAUUUCGGUCAGUGAGAAUUAGCCUAGUGCAGCGAGAUUUAAGAAAAACUGUAUUGUCAAUUUUGAAGACUUGCGAUUUACCAACAACUUACGUGGAUAAUAUUGAACCACCCCCAGAGAAGUCAAGAUUUGAGGGAUUAGACGUGAAGGAGGCACAGUUUGAUGAAAAUGACCCAGUGUACGGGAGUGUUAUUUUGAAACAGAAGAUAAAGAAAUCUAAAGAAUCUGAAAAAUUAACGAUCUGGCUGGAGAGUAAUGUGAGUGAGGCACUGAAGAAGCUUGCGGCCUGCCAGCCAGUGCGAGAGGAAAUUGUGCGGUUACAGAAUAUUCUGUGUGACACAUUUGGUGUUGAGAGUGUGGUUUGGGAUUGUGGUUGGAAUGUCACACAUUUCCGUGGCUGUCUGCUAAGUUUCCAAGCCCUGGCUCGUCAUCACCCAGACGUCAUGCAUACCUUACAAGGGAGGAAACUGAUUUUUGCAAAUGACACAGGAGUCAAUUUGGAUGGUCAUGUGAUGCUAAACAGUGGUGAAGUGAGGCAUAAUUGGCUUGAUUUAAUAAAAAAUGUUCACAAACAAGAUGCCGUACUUUUUCGAAUUCCAUCAUUUGAAAGAGCCGUGUCGAGAGUUCUGCGUGAUAUUAAAGUGGUUCGCAGGAAGUUUCAGCCCAAAGUUAUGGCCAAACAGUAUGAGAACCAGCUGCGGCGUUUAACGACAUCACUUAGUGAUCAUCAGGGAUCCACGGGCUAUCCAAAGGACUGGCCACUCAGUUUGAGUGAUUUUGAACUGGUUGUUGAAACGGAGGCAGGUCCGUUGAUGCUGUCCCCCACUGGUCAGUUCAUUGUGCCUGCAUCAUGCCCAGCAUUUCUUCUUGUCGCAUUCGUAAGCGAGAAUUUAGAUGAGGCCUCUCGGCUACUUCGGCGCUAUAAGAGUAACAAACAUGUGGAACGUGAUCUUCAUCAGCGUUGUGUGGAGGAAUUUGACUUGGCAGCUCUGCAGAAAGAUGACAACAUCACACCCGAUCUGAUGAUCGAAUGCUGCGGUCACCUUUUAAGGCACAAGACGAUAUUGUCUCCCUCACUGAAGGGAGUCCAUUUAUGGGUAACAAAUUAUUAUUCAGUUCUCUCAGAUGGAGAGAUGUGCAUUCCAUGGAAUUGGAAGCUCUAGCCUAAAUACUCGGCACAAACAUUAACUAGUCUUUUUACAAGUAUUAACACAGACCGAACAAGUCAUUUACUUUACCCAAACGCUUAGGUUAGUUUCUUAUUGCCAUUAUAUAUUGAAUACUGAAAUUAUGACCACAUGUGCCAUGUAGUAGGAAGUUUUGCAUAAUAUUAAAUAUAAUUUUUUGUUAAUCAUUAUGAGAGGUGGUCAGUUUCUUUAUGGAGAGUCAGAAGACACUGAAAUAUGUCCGUGCAUUGCUCUGACAAAACACAUCAGAAAUUAAAUAUGUGAGCUACAUGUUUAAAGGAGUCUCAGUGUGUGGCAGUACCCAGCGUUUGACAAUUCAGAAGGGAAACUCUUGUUUAUUAGUAAUCUCAGUGAGAUUGACAUUCGUAACUGAUAAUUGUAUCUAGUCUGUCUUUUAAAAUGUAGGAAGGAAUCUCUUGAAGUGUCUGUAUGGCUGCUUGUAAAAAGACGGCACUUGAGGGUAAUGGGUGCAGUGCAGUGUGUUGUAAUUUAUCUUCAUUUUGAAUCUGUUACAAAAUAUUUUCCUCUGUCAGUUUAUGAGAAUUGUGAUUGUUUACACUACUAACUGGAUUGUUUACUUGUGUGGAGCUGAGCUUUGUAAGAUUAAAGAUUGUACGGUAUUUUAGAA